AUGAUUUUAGCGGGAAAGUGAGUUUUGGCAACAGGUGUUCCUUACAUUUUAUUUUAUUGUUUGUGUUAUUUUUUGUUGCAUUAAAAAUAUUAAAAAAGAAACAUAAUGAGUUCGCCGCCACCGUCUUCUGAUCGAGGAGCUAUGACUUCUCCAGCACCAGAUUUCGAACCAUUUGAAGAUGAAGGUGCACUUAUUGGAAACGAUGAUCCAGAAGUAGAAGAAGAAGAUGGGGAAGAAUUAUUUGGUGAUAAUUUGGAGAAUGAUUACAGGGCGAUGCCAGAACUCGAUCGAUAUGAAGCUGAUAAUUUGGAUGAUGAAGAUUACGAUCUUAUGUCUGAAGGCGAUCGUCAAGCAGCUGAAGCAGAAUUACGAAGAAGAGAUCGUGAACAAGGGAUCGUUCGUCGUGAUGAUCGAGAACUUUUUUAUGAGGAGUCUGAUGAAGAUGAAGCACCUAAACGUAAACGAAAAGCUGCUGAGAAAGCAGCGACCGGAGAAAUGGAAGAUACUGAAAUGAUUGAAUCUAUUGACAAUUUGGAAGACACAAAAGGAUAUAAUAUUCGUGAAUGGGUAUCAAUGUUAGGACCGCGUACCGAAAUUGCCAAUCGAUUUCGUAAUUUUCUACGUACAUAUGCAAACACAAAAGGUCAAUACAUGUAUCGUGAUCGAAUACGUCGUAUGUGCGAACUAAAUCAGUCAUCAUUUAUCGUUGAAUUUCCUGUACUCGCAAAUCAAGAAAAUGUUUUAGCAUAUUUCCUUCCAGAGGCUCCAUUUCAAAUGCUUGAAAUUUUUGAUGAAGUUGCUAAAAGUUUAGUUUUAAACAUUUUUCCAAGUUAUGAACGAGUUACAUCUGAAAUUCAUGUUCGUAUUUCGGAAUUACCGUUAAUCGAAGAACUUCGUACUUUCCGAAAGCUACAUUUGAAUCAAUUGGUACGAACAAAUGGUAUUAUAACUUCGACAACAGGUGUUUUACCACAACUUUCAGUCGUUAAAUACGAUUGUAAUAAAUGUGGGUACGUAUUAGGCCCGUUUGUUCAAACUCAGAAUGCUGAAGUGAAGCCUGGAUCGUGUCCGGAAUGUCAGAGCACCGGUCCAUUUAUGAUUAAUAUGGAGCAAACUGUUUAUCGUAAUUAUCAAAAAGUUACUGUACAAGAAUCACCUGGACGAGUUCCUGCUGGUCGAGUUCCUCGUUCAAAAAAUUGUGUUCUUCUUGCUGAUUUAUGCGAUCGUUGCAAGCCAGGUGACGAAGUCGAUAUAACGGCUAUAUAUACAAACAAUUAUGAUGGUUCCUUGAAUACAGCUAAUGGAUUCCCCGUAUUUUCUACAGUUUUACUUGCAAAUCAUAUCAUAGUAAAAGAUUCUAAACAAAUUGUACAAUCUUUAACCGAUGAAGAUAUCUUAACGAUUACUAAAUUGAGCAAAGAUCAUCGUGUAGCUGAUCGAAUAAUCGCUAGUAUAGCACCAUCAAUUUAUGGGCACGAUUAUAUUAAAAGAGGUCUUGCGUUAGCAUUAUUUGGUGGAGAAUCGAAAAACCCUGGACAAAAGCAUAAAAUUCGUGGUGAUAUCAAUGUACUUUUAUGCGGUGAUCCUGGUACAGCAAAAUCGCAAUUUUUAAAAUUCACUGAAAAAAUUGCUCCGCGGGCCGUAUUUACAACUGGUCAAGGUGCUAGCGCAGUGGGUCUUACAGCUUAUGUACGACGUAAUCCAACAUCACGAGAAUGGACUUUAGAAGCUGGUGCUCUAGUUCUUGCGGAUCAAGGUGUUUGUUUAAUUGAUGAAUUUGACAAGAUGAAUGAUCAAGAUCGAACUUCCAUUCAUGAAGCCAUGGAACAACAGUCAAUUUCAAUAUCCAAAGCUGGAAUUGUUACAUCAUUACAAGCUCGAUGUUCCGUUAUUGCUGCAGCUAAUCCAAUAGGUGGGCGAUAUGAUGCAAGUAUGACAUUUUCAGAAAAUGUCAAUUUAUCUGAACCGAUUUUAUCACGUUUUGAUAUAUUGUGCGUUGUCCGAGAUGAAGCAGAUCCAAUGCAAGAUAAACGUUUGGCCAGGUUCGUCGUUUCGUCACAUAUUCGCCAUCAUCCAAGUAAAUCCGACACUACUGUGAUACCCGAUAACGAGACCGAAGAUAUAUCAAUUCCGCAAGAUUUACUCAAAAAAUAUAUUGUAUAUGCUCGAGAACACGUUCAUCCAAAAUUACACAAUUUGGAUCAAGAUAAAAUUGCUAAAAUGUACAGUCAAUUACGUCAAGAAUCGUUAGCUACCGGAAGUUUGCCCAUUACGGUACGACAUAUUGAAAGUAUGAUUCGUAUGGCUGAAGCACAUGCACGUAUGCAUUUACGUGAUUUUAUCCAAGAAGGAGAUGUUAAUAUGGCGAUUCGAAUGAUGUUAGAAAGCUUUAUCGAAACACAAAAGUAUAGUGUGAUGAAAACUAUGCGAAAUACAUUCCAGAAAUAUUUAUCGUACAAGAAAGAUCACAGCGAACUCUUAUAUUACAUUUUACGGCAACUUACAAUGGAUCAAAUGACAUUUUUACGUUGUUUACAUGGCUCUGAAAUCACAUCGGUGGAAAUUAGUGAGAAAGAUUUAAUGGAUCGUGCCAAACAAAUUAAUAUCACAAAUCUAAAACCGUUCUAUGAAAGUGACGUUUUCAAGAAAAAUUAUUAUGUUCAUGAUCCAAAACGGAAGGUUAUUGUUUUAACGAUGCCAGAAGCUGCAAGUUUAAGUCAAGCAUCAGUUUAAGUAUUAUUUUUUUAAAUUUGUUUUUUGUACUUUAUUUGUUAGUUUUUAUAGAUUAAGCGUUAUAUAAGAAAUUUCGUGGAGCGGUUGAAUAAAAUUAAUCCAUGUUCGAAUUUUACUUUACGAAGGAAUUUUGAGAAAAUUUUGCGGGCGAAAAAAAUGCAUAGAGUAUGAGUUAAAGUAUAUAUUUCUAAUUCAAUACAAUUACAAAUUUUUCUUGAAGAAGUUCGUCAAGAUUUACCGUAGUAGAAAAUUUCCUCUAAUAUCAGAAUACACCAGAAAAUUAAUAUUCGUCUUAUGGAAAUCUCAUAUGAGUGAGUCUAUUCUUUUUAUAUUUUUGUUUCGUUUAUCACUUAAAAUAAGCUUUAAUUUUCUCAAGAUAUUGGCAUCCUAUAAAUAAAUAGAAUUGGCCUAUAGAUCAAUUAUUUUUUAAUUUUAAUUAUUUUUAAAUGUACUUUUCUAAAAUCCAACGCACUCUAAUGGACCCAAAACGUACUUGUACAAAAAAUUUACGGAAAAAAUAUUUUAAGCCUCAACAAACCAUUUUGUUGGAUGCCAUCGUAUACUGAUCAAA